CUAACGGAGGCGGUGACGUAAUCAGAGAUAUCCGUUGAGCAGCGUUCGCGGAAAUUUUUGAAAUCCAACCGAAGCAUCGACGGAAGAAUAUAACAGUAUAGUGAAGUUCAUAUAUACUGUAGUAUACCUUACGCCGAAGUAUACCUGAUACAUCUGUUUUGCUGAUAUACGUUAGGUUUCUGGAGUAUAGUUCUUAUAAACCGAGAAUCGUCCGCCCGCUGAAGUUUAUAUUGGAGGAGGUGUUUAUAAAGGUCAAAAUGAGUCGGAGACCCAGCAGCAGAUAUUCUGAGAUGCCCAUGCGUGUGACAGACAGCAGGAUGAGCCUGAUCAAUGCCACACCUCAGAAUAAGGACAAUGUCUUUGGCAAGCUGAACAUACCGAAACCUCAUUCUACCACAUCUGAGAGGCGAACAAGCUUUUUUGGAAAAGGCAUCGGGGCAGGUGGCCAGAGGAACAGCAUGUUUGGGGCUUACGGGGGCUCAGAGAAAAUGAAGGACCCCAGACCCCUACAUGACAAAGCUUUUGUCCAACAGUGUAUCAAGCAGCUUUGUGAAUUCCUGAGCGAGCGAGGCUUUCCUGGCAGCAUCACAGUGAAGACUCUUCAGUCUCCAUCAACAAAAGAGUUUUUAAAGAUAUAUGAAUUCAUCUACACUUUCCUGGAACCGUCCUUUCAGAUGCCCACUUCCAAGGUUGAGGAGGAGAUCCCAAGAAUGCUCAAAGAUCUGGGAUACCCGUUCGCACUCUCAAAAAGCUCCAUGUACUCCAUUGGGGCUCCUCACACGUGGCCUCAGGCUCUUGGAGCUCUUAUCUGGCUCAUCGACACAGUCAAGCUCUUCAGUGGUAUGAGAGAGCAGGGCCUGCUGUUCUCCGACUUCUCAGAUGAACUGUGUGAUCUAGAGGAAGGGGCCGAGUACAACAAGCUCUUUAUGGAAUACUGCUCUGACACCUACAACAAGUUCAUGCAGGGAGCAGAUACAUUUGAAGAUGAGGAUGAAGAAUAUCUUAACAAACUAAAGAAGCUGUACAGUGUGGAUGAGGCGCUGUUACAGUCCCAGCAGGAGAAACAUGCAAUGCUGAUGGAGCAUGUGGAGAGACUUGAAAGAGAAAGCCAAACUGAUCGUUUAGCAGGGAAGAGGACGGAGAAGCUCAGAUUGCAGGCUGAUCUGCAGAAGCUGCAGAACUAUCGUUGUACUCUGGAGGCUCAUAAAACUGGACUGGAGAAUAAAGCUGCAGGACUAGCUGAAGAGCUCGAGGCUGCUGAGAUUCAGUUGGAUGGUCUGAAGCAGGAGAGGACAAGGCUGCAGCACAUCCUGGAGAAUCAGAAGUUCACUCCAGCUGAUAUCGAGCGUAUUAACAGAGAGAGGAAUGAACUGCAGCAGACCAUUCAGAGCCUAAGCCAGAGUCUAGAGGAGGCGGAGCAGCUGGUGUGGAACGAGGAGGUCAACCUGUCCAAAACCAAAGAGAAGGCGGAGUUGAAGGUUGCCGAGUAUAAUAAACUGGGUCGUAAGCUGAAGCUCAUCCCACAGUCCGCGGAAAACGCCUGCGGUCAUGACUUCGAGAUCAGAACAGAUUACAGUGCCACUACCAUCACACAGUACAAGACACAGAUACAGAAUCCUCUGAAGAACAUGAUGGUCGAUGUGGAAGAUGAAUACAGCAGACUCACAAAUGUGAAGUUGAGUUUGGAAGAGACUGUUGAACAGGUGAAGUCCAACAUCCUUGAUAAGGAGAAUGACAUCAAGCAUCUAAAAGAGCAGAUUCGCAGAGUCGACCAACAGCUGGAGCAUGACAUGCAGGAAAUGGCACAAGAGGAGGAGAAGUGGUCAGCUGAGGUGGACUCUGCUGAAACUCACAAGAAGCGUUUGGAAAAGAAUGUGAGGCAGGGAUGCGAGGAAGCCGAGGAGGAACUCAAAGCUGCGCAGCAACAGUAUCACGUGGUCGUGCAGGAGACUAAUGAGGAGAACCGCAUGGUGUUCAAGAAUCUGACUGAUGUCUUCACUUCCGCAGUAAACCACCUGUGUGCAGUUGAAAAACACUGCGGCGAGCAGCUAAAAAGGUUUGAUAAGCUGAAGGAAGUCAUUCAUGAGGAUGAGGCUGACAUGAAGCAGCUGACGGAUCUAGUGGAAAACUUUGUGAAGAAAGUGAACAGCUUUUAAUGCCUGAUAGCUUGGAUUUGUAAAUAGUUUUACUGUUAUAGCCUUCUUUUCUUCUCUUUCUUCUUUUUUUUUUAACUGAUGUUGUCAGAUUCUGGCCAUGGAGUAAUAUCGUAGAAGAAAUUGUCUUUGGAGACAAAAUAGAACUUUUGUGUGUUUAUCCUGUAUUUACAUGUUUGUUUACUAAAAAAAAUAAAUGUUUUGGAAAAUUGGA